UUAGCAGCUGGAAUGCUGGAGUCAGCGUUUCAUUCCAUGAGAGUGAAUAGCGUCAGACCUCCUGAGAUUUCUUAACUGACCUUCAAAACACGAAGUCUAGCUUCCAGCAAACUUAAAGCAAACAUAUUUCUCUAGAGAUUAGGAUCAAAGCACAAGAAAAACAUUCUACUUAACUACGUGGUGCUCGUACCAUUACUUAUUUAUUGGAGCAAGGAUCACGUGGAGAACACCACCAGAAUGACCAGCAAUCACACAGACUGUCAUUACUGCCUGCAGUCUCUUCGUGGAAGGAAGUAUGCAUUAAGAGAAGAAAACGCUUAUUGUGUUACAUGUUAUGACAGCCUGUUUGCCAACCCCUGUGAAGAGUGCAAGCAACCUAUUGAGUGUGAUUCCAAGGAUCUGGCCUACAAAGGCCGCCACUGGCAUGAGGGAUGCUUCAAGUGUGCCAAAUGCAGUCACUCGCUGGUGGAGAAACCGUUUGCUGCCAAGGACGAGCUCUUGUUGUGUACUGAAUGCUACUCUGAUGAGUAUUCAUCUAAAUGUUUCCACUGCCAGAAGACCAUCAUGCCUGGUUCCCGUAAAAUAGAAUUUAAGGGAAGUUCCUGGCAUGAAUCCUGUUUUGUUUGCCAGUAUUGUCGGCAGCCAUUGGGAACAAAACCAUUGAUCACCAAAGACAACGAGAAUUACUGCGUGCCCUGUUUUGAGAAGCAAUUUGCUCACCAUUGCUACUCUUGCAAAAAGGUAAUAACUUCUGGGGGAGUGACCUACCAUGACCAGCCUUGGCAUAAAGAAUGCUUUGUGUGUGCUGGGUGUAAAACCCAGCUGUCUGGACAAAGGUUUAUUUCCAAAGAUGAAUAUCCAUACUGUGUAGACUGUUUCAGCAAAUUGUAUGCUAAGAAGUGUGCUGCUUGCAAGAAACUUAUUACAGCUCUCGGAGGUGCCAAAUUUAUCUCGUUUGAAGAGCGCCAGUGGCAUGGGGAAUGCUUUAACUGUGCAAAAUGCUCUGUCUCGCUGGUGGGCCAAGGAUUCCUCACUCGGCAGGAUGAUGUCCUUUGUCGUGAAUGUGGCUCUGCUUCAUAGUUCUGUGGAGAGCUUGUACGCCUGCAUUAUUCUCGCUCUGUAACCAUGUACUUCAUUACUCUGCAGUAAGAAAAUAAUCUAAAAGGUAUAACAGUUAUUUAGUCAUUCAAGUAACUUUUCAACAGCAGUUUAACUCUAUCAUAGUUCUCAGCUGCUUGUAAAAAAAAUUCAAACAGCCCCAUACUGGCUAAGAAAAUAAUGCAGAAAAGAUUCGUAUAUAUUUUAAAUCUAACUACAGUAUGUUUCUCCUUGUAACACACUGCACUCUGCUGUUAGAAGCUUAAAAACGUACAUUUCAUCUCCCAUGAACCAAGGAGGGUUGGGAAAAGUCUAUAUGGCAUAUGACUAAUGAUGAGGCAAUAGCACUGCUUCACAGAUGCAGACCUUGGUGUGGAAAGCUGGGCACAUGCAUUUUUCUAUUGGAUCAUAACAUUGAUGAGAACAACUGUAAAGACCAACUUCCUCCGUAUUUCAGGCAAAAAAGCUUCUGACAAAGCAGGCAGAAAGUGGGAAGAGGGGGGUACUUUUACACAGAGGGCCACCGAGUAAGAGAGGCCUAUUCCAAGGCCAGAUAAAGGGAAAAAAGGGUCAUUUUCCUCUCCUUACUGAGAUUGCUCCUCAGAAACAUAGUCUUCAGUCAUCAGAAAAACCUGAGUGACAGGUCCUUUCCCAAAAUUGGUUAACUGUACUUAAUUUUUCAGGCAUAACUGCUUUAGAACAUAAAUAAACCUAUAUUUUGAGCUACUGUAACAGCUAAGGAUUGCCCAAGAUUGGAUAGUGCUGAUGUACACUUUCCCAUAGCUAAUAUACCUUAGGACUCUCUCCAUUGUCUUCACUAGACCUUCAAAUACAUGCAUAAAAUAUUUUUUUUAUUAGUAGAGACAAAAGCCAACUCAUACUUGUCCCUUUAACCUUGUACUUUCCUCCCCUCAGAGCCCAUUUGCCAGCAAUCAAAACACUGUUAAAGGCCUUACCAUUUCCACCCUGCUAGGUCUUUGAUCCACAGUCUACCCCUUUUCUUCUAAAUGCCUGCUCGUCUGUAGCAGGCUAUAAGCUCUUCAGAACCAAUACCUGAUUCAUUUUGCCAUGUGCCACAUGCAUUUGCCAAUAUUAUGUCCAGAAUUGGUAAUGUUGUCAUUGCAAGCUAGGCAGUCCUCGCUUGCAGUACAAGGUAUUGAUUUCUGGGUAGCUGGCGUUGAGAAGGUUAUAUCUGCUUGCUGAGCUUCAGCACUCAAGUGUCUAUUAUUAAAGGUCAUCUAGAGCUGAGUUACAGGCAUUUCUCCUCUUACUUCUUCCAUACUGUAUGUUACAAUGGCCUGACUUGCGUUACAGUGUCUGUACCAGGCUGUUGUGAGCGGUGCAGUGAUGUUAAGGAUGGCAGAUUCUGCACCGCUCAGCACUGUUUUAGUCCUCAUCUUGCAUGUCUUUAAGUCAUACAUUCUCCUUUAGACUCUGACCUUUAGUGCGUAGCGUUAUUGGCUGACUUGAGCGGGCUUUAUUCAUACUGAAACCAACCAUUACUUUAGGUAGAAAAAUGAAAAAAAGAGAAAAGAAAAAAAAAGAAUAUGUAUGCAUAGCUAAGCCAGAGCCGAACUGCAGUGGCAUAAAAUCAAUAUGGAUAAUGACUGACCAACAAGUACAUAGCAUUCUGUUUUCCAGUCAAUAAAAUAUUGA